UCGAUCCGUCGGUUCCGCCCGGGGACGCGACGCUGAGCGACGGUGGCGGCGAGCCGGGUUCGCCGGUGCUGGGCUGCGAUCAUCGCUGCCCACUCGGCAGCACGGUUAGUCUGCACACGCUGGCCGGCACCGGUCGACGCACCGCCUCGGAGCGUCACGGAGGCCUCAGCCACAGUCGCAUCAGUCUCCGGAGCGAAACGACCGGUAGCAGCAGCUACGGAGGUGCUGCAGGUGCCGCAUCCAGUGGUGGCCACCAUCACCAUCACCACCACCACCAUCAUGCGCACCAUGCGCACCGAGGCCACAGCCACCGGCGCCAUUCGCAGGCGUCACAGCAGGCGUCGCCCCGGUGCACGCACCACCGGCAGCAUCAAUCGGCCGAGCACCAUCACCAUCAACAGGAGGACACAGGCGGUGAGGAAGAAGAGAUCGUGCAAAGAAGACAGCAGCAGGAGGAGGAAGACGAGGAAGAGGAGGUGGCCGGAACGACGGCCACCAUCUGUACCGAGGACGAGCGACACGCCGGUGAUAGCGCAUCGACGAUGUACGCGGAAAACUGUCACUGCAGCCGAGGCAAUCUCACCACGACGGAUGACGACGAUGAGAUCCAACAGUACUUCGUGGUCGAUCAGCCUCCUCCGCAGCCACAGCAGCAGCAACCGUACACAUCGCAACAGAUUGCCUCCCUCCAGCGGAACCUUUCGAGACGGCCUUCCGUGUCGAGUUCGCAUCGUAGCGCACGAAGCACGCCCCGAUCACGUCGCGUAACGACACCGCUCAGUGGGGCAAGUUGUUGCUCCCAUCACUCGCAUCGCUCACAGCCAGCUCCGGGGGGAUCCGUCGCUCCCUACGCAGCCGGUCAGCAUGGAGCACCUCAAUCACCGGCCGCUUUGAGUCGACGUACGCUACCCGAUAGUGGAGGGUCGAAUGCGACCAUUUCGAACUUUAACAUCAAUCCGGCACGGUUCCAGUGCAGUUACUAUACCGCGGACGAAAGCGAGAACUCGUACUGCUCGAUCAGUGGUGAAAACAUUCGUCAGAUCCAAGCACAAACGGCCAUUCAGCAUCAGCUCGAUCGAGAGGAGCAGAGGCAGCGACUACAACCGCUUCCACUGUCCGGAACAGUUGCUCCAGUUGGGGAGGGACUCAUGAACGAUAAUGAUAGUCAGCAGGACAUUGCGAGUCUCAAUGAGUCGUUGCUCUCAACCGUUGGCUCUACGUCAAGCGACCAGCCUGGUGGUUCGACGACGACCACGACCAGUACGACAACCUCGACGACACAGCGACAGCUACAGCAGGUUCAAGGCACACCGAAGAGUGCCGGCAGUCAGCUCGUACUAACUCCCUCGAAGAUCACGAUCGAAAACAUCGGACAGCUGUCGGAGAUCGGUACGGCAAACUACGAGUUUGACGAUCUCGACAUCAACAUCCCGGAGAUCUUCCAAUCACCGUCCAAGAUCAAGUGGAGCUUCCUGGCGAAUCUAGACGAAAGCAAGUCAAACAAAUCGCGCAUCAGUUCCGUGUCUUCGUUGGUGGAUGCUGGAAGCAGUACUCGGGGCCGAAGUGGAACAGAAUCUGGUGGUGCGGAUGUGAGUGAAACGGCAAGUGAUAAUGAGUACAGUCCGAACCGGAUUCGACGCCGACGACCAGAGCCUUUACCCGUGGGUGAACCCAGUCACGCGUCAGGUGCGGGCAUUCAGACAUCCUCAUCCAGCUGCAAAAUCGAGGAACUGCUCAAGAAGUCAUCCCCGUCGGCAUCGGCUUCCGACUUCAAGACGGUUUCGAUCUGGCGAGCCGAGAACGGUGAUGAAGGGAACGCGAUCAUCUUUCACCACGAGAGCGAGAUCGUGGAGAACUGUUGUACGAAUCAUUUUUUAGACCACAGUAGCUACGAUGUGUGUCGGGUUGAUAACUGUGACUAUCUGAUCAAGAGUGCGAGCGAGGACACGGAUCAGACGGGCACGAAGCGCACCUCGUCCUGUGGGAGUCUGUGCAAGAGCGAGGAGCGAUUGAACAACACGAUCAUGCCUUCGACGACGUGCGCUGGAAUUGGGACGAAGCAGCUCGAGCUGAAGCAGCGUAACAUCUUCACAUCAACGCUGGCGGGUACGACCACUACAAGCGCCUCGAUGACCAGUGCCUGCGGUGCUACGAUACCGAUGUCCGCGACGACUACCACCGUGUACAGCAUCAUCUCGCCCGACUUGAAGCGGUUUGAGAAGCAGACGAAUCUAAACCGAAACUCGGUUAAUCUUAGCCAGAACUUACCACCCUCUUCGCCUUCUUCCUCGUCUACUUCGUCGAUCUUCGCAGGUAACUACGGUUCCGCGGUCUAUCGGAAUAUUAACCAGCAGCAGCAACAGCAUCAGACGUCCGAGCAUGAUAAGCUUCUGAACACUUCCACCGUGUCUCGUGGAUCCUCACAACGUUCGAGGCUUCACACCGCACCAGCCAGUACGAUCUCGCGAUCUGCCACUUCCAGCCUACAGCGAUCGGGUCGACAACCGUCGGGCCCACUCGGGUCAGGCUCGGGAGGAUUCAACAAUCAAUCCAACAACUACCCCAGCAGCACACUCGAUCGAUCCACGCUCGGCGGACGUACGCUCUCCACAAUGUCCCUCGGCUUCAGUGACACUCGGCGCGAUCCUCACACACCGCAACCCGGUGAUCCAGCGGCUCCACCGUUCAGCAUUACCGGGGCCAGUGAAACAGCAGCCAGCACGGCAACAACAGCGGCAGCCGCAGCCGCCACUCAAUUCUACAACAAAUCUUACCACUACAACCUGACCGCGCAGAAUCAACUGUACUUCCAGGCGUUCUCCAACCUCGUCCGCGAGCAAGAGCAGCAGCAGAACUGCGAGUUCCACCAGGCACAGCCGCAAACACCGUCACCUCAACCACAGCCGAGCUGUCCACAGUGUUACGAGUAUUACGGCUGCCAGGCACAGUACUACGCGAACGCAACGAACGAAGCGGACAACGAGUUUGCCGAGUGUAAUGCGGGCGGUUCGGGUGGGGUUGUGCUGCGUCGUGGCGGUUGGCGCCGCAAUGUAGGCACCACGCUGCGCAUAAACGGGCUGGUGCGGGUUGUGCGAACCCGAGCGAGAAAGUGUGCCGAUUACAUCCGGCAGAAGGAACAUCAGAGCAAUAAUCGAUUCCGAAGGCGAAAGUAG